CCCAUAGAGGACUGGAGUAGUACAACAGUUAACGCUCUCUGAUCAUGUCAAGGUGGAAAUAGCAACAUUGUUCAAGUGUAUUUUACGCCUGCUACAUUAGGUUAUACAAAAGCAUACCGUUUGCACAUUAUAGGCUGCAACGCUGUAGCUAUCUAGCCUACGUGGUAUGUUAUCAGUUUCUCAUAUUAUUUUAUCACUGUUCAGUUCAGAUACAAGCCUAUACUUGCCAAAUUGCCUAUCAAUAAUGAUGCGUGUAGCCUAAAUUGAUUGUCUAUUUCUGUCCAAAUUUCAAAGACACAUUUAAUUUGAUAUAUAUAUAAUUACGCAGCUCUGCAUGUCGUUGUAACAGUCACUAUACAUUGCAUUAUUAAGCCAUCAUCUGCUGCAGCAUUGCAGUGAUUCGUUCCCACAUUUGGGGAAGGUCACGUUAUAGCGAACCGGGAGCUGCCUGCCUGCUGAUAUUGUACUGCGCAAAACCCAUAGUCCGGAUUUGUGCCUGACGUCAUGGGUAGCCACCAUUAGAUUCGUUCUUUGACAAUUGGAGCACGGAGAGUCCAAGCAAAGAUAGCCAUCAGCAUCCCCGCACGGCCUUACAAACGGGAGAGAACAAACAGAAAAGAUGUCGAGUGGACCGUUAUACGGCGCUACAUAGGGAGAUACCUCGUUUUCCUCCUCAAAGCGGCCCCCGAAAAGCGCUGCAGUGGAGAGGAGAAUGCGUCGCUAAGUGAAAGGAUACAAAGCUUUGCUGUUAAAGGGACGCAGUUGUUGCUUUUCUGCCUCUAAACAAACAGUGACAGUCCCACGGGGCUUUGGAUAAAGCAAUAACAACAACUAAUCCCCAGAACGAGCACAACAACUAGGCUACGGCUGCUAACGGCAGGGAACCAAGGACAUAAACCAAGAAUAACAAUGGAAACGGCAGCAGGAACUGGUUUAAGUUAAAGACAAUAGAGUUUUUUGAGAAUAGCGAAUGUUUUCUUGGUAUGUACGUUAAUUUGAGAUUUUAUAUUCUGUGGAAAUGGGAGCUUUGACCAGCAGACAAAAUGCAGGAGUGGAAGAGGUCGAUGUACCGUCCAACUCGGUGUACCGCUAUCCACCGAAAUCUGGAAGCUACUUUGCCAACCACUUCAUCAUGGGCGGGGAGAAGUUUGACUCCACCCACCCCGAGGGAUACCUGUUCGGAGAGAACACUGACCUCAACUUCCUGGGAAUCAGACCAGUGGCGUUUCCCUAUGCGGCCCCGCCUCCUCAGGAGCCAGUAAAGACGCUACGAAGCCUUAUAAACAUCCGUAAAGAUACACUAAGGCUCGUACGGUGUAGUGAGGACCUGAAACUGCCAGGGGAGGACGUGGCAGCGAAAAGCAAAGCCUGUUACAACAUAGAGUUCACCUUCGACGCUGACACACAGGUGGCCAUCACCAUCUACUAUCAAGCUAUAGAGGAAUUCCACAACGGAGUGCCUAUCUACAUUCCCCAGGACAGCUCUCUCCAGUCAGAGACGGUGCACUUUAAGAGAGGAGUCUGUCAGCAGUUCUGUCUGCCCUCCCACUCCAUCAAUCUGUCAGAGUGGGCCGAUGAGGAGUUGCUGUUUGACAUGGAUAAGGAUGUGUUUCCCAUGGUUGUUCAAGCGACAGUAGACGAGGGGGAAGAUCACAUGGGUCACUCCCAUGUCCUCCUGGCCACCUUUGAGAAGCACAUGGAUGGGAGCUACUGUGUCAAACCUCUGAAACAGAAACAAGUGGUGGAUGGGGUGAGUUACCUUCUUCAGGAGAUCUACGGCAUCGAAAACAAGUACAACAGCCAAGAAUCAAAGGUUGCGGAUGAUGAGAUCAGUGAUAACAGUGCGGAGUGUGUGGUGUGUCUGUCGGACGUCCGUGACACACUCAUCCUGCCCUGCAGACACCUGUGUCUCUGUAAUGCCUGCGCCGACACUCUCCGCUACCAGGCCAACUGCUGCCCCAUAUGCAGACUGCCGUUCCGGGCCCUGCUGCAGAUCCGAGCCAUGAGGAAGAAGCUGAGUCCUCUCUCUCCUGCCGGGUUUAACCCCGUUAUCACCUCCCAGACCUCCGACUCAGAGGAACACUCGGCGUCAGACCACAUCCCCCCAGGUUAUGAGGCCGUGUCUCUCCUGGAGGCUCUGAACGGGCCCCUGAGCGUGUCUCCCUCGGCUCCCCCUCUGCAGGAACUCUCUGGGGGCCACGUCUCAGGGACCCUGCCCCACUAUAGCAGUGAGCCCCACCCCGCCCCGGCACGCUCCAUGUCCCCCCUGGACCACUCCAACUCCAGCCAGGGACUCAAACUGAAGAAGAGCGGCUCCAAGUCUCUCUCCCAGAAUUCUUCGGUGCUGCCCGAGGAGGAGGAUGAGAAGUCAGAACGCAGCGAAUCAGAAGUUCAGGCCUGCCGCCGGAAACAACAACCGGAGAGUGGUGUAACUCCAGAGAGUGAGAAUCUGACUCUAUCCUCGUCUGGAGCCAUCGACCAGUCCUCCUGUACUGGGACACCUUUCUCCUCCACCAUCACCUCCCCUGAAGACCAAGUGAGCAGUAGCCUGGCCCAGUCAGUCAUGUCCAUGGCUUCGUCCCACAGCCAUCACUCUCAGAUCAGCACUGACACCCUGUCUUCCAUGUCUGGCUCCUACCUGGCUGGGCCGGAGGGGGAGGUAGAGGGGGAGGAGGGGGGAGAAGCAGAGGGGGAGGAGAACCAGGAUGCACCCAUGGAGAGCCGGGGACCCUCACAGCAGGAUGGGGAAGAGCUACCCAUGGAACCAAAAGAACAGAACUUCUCAGUCGCUGUGUCAGACGAGCAGGAUUCAGAGGGAAAUGAUGUCACAGAGGAAGACUGCCCCUCACCUUCCCACGAGCAGGGUGGGCGGAGCAGGUGUCCAGAGUUGGCCAAUAACAAUCAGGGCGUCGCCCUCUGCGACACGCACUGUUUGGGGGGGCUGGACAAUGAGCAGGUUCCCGACUGCCGAUUCGCCGGUCUGAUGUAUCUGGGAGGCUAUAGGCCAGUGUUGGAGCCUCUCCCCCACCACGCCUCAACCAGUAAUAUCAACCUGGAGGAGCAGGGGGCGGAGACUAGGGAUGGCCAGAGUCCCAAACAAACACCUAACACACCACGCCGCGGACCACUCAUAGUGUAACACGCACACACCCGUACAAUUCCGACCUCAGCGUCAUAACAGCACAGACUGAUAUUUUAGCCAUUUUACGCAACCUCAUGAUUACGCAGUAGACCUUCCUCCCUGCAUCUCCUCACCUAAUCAACCAACGCCCAUGUCCUGAGGCAGUGUCCUCACUGAACCGUCCUGCACCUCUCCUCACUCAACCGUCCUGCAUCUCUCCUCACUCAACCGUCCUGCAUCUCUCCUCACUCAACCGUCCUGCACCUCUCCUCACUCAACCGUCCUGCAUCUCUCCUCACUCAACCGUCCUGCAUCUCUCCUCACUGAACCGUCCUGCAUCUCUCCUCACUGAACCGUCCUGCACCUCUCCUCACUCAACCGUCCUGCAUCUCUCCUUGCUCUGGACAAUAGAUGAGAAGCAUCUAUCUCAGUUACUAAAUCUAAAUCUAACAGGAAAAUCUUGAAGAGGAUUUAACCUAUCCACAGUCCAAAAAGGAGACUGCUAGAGUUAGACCAUUCUCCCCCUCAAUGUGUCAUAAUCGCUUUCUUGUGUUUCGUGUCAUUGGUAGACCUUUGGGACUCCUCCCCUUGCCUCUACCAACCAACCAAUCAGGGGUUAGUGUGAUCUGCAAUCUAAUUAAUAUUAAUGUAUUUCUGUUUGACCUUCUAACGAGUGGUCGAACACUAUAAAAACAACAGUUAGCUUCACUAGACGACCAAACUGGAUUGUACUGGACUCACCAGCUCCAGUCCAUGAACCAGUAGACUCUGGCCCUGGUUUUGCAUGCAGCUCUUUUAUGUCUCCAAUCAGCCCUACUGUACUCAACUGUGAUCUAUCCUGAAUGGGACUUGCCUCGUUAGCUAAGAAACUGGACAUGCUGGUGAAAGGAGGAUUUGAUCCAAAAUGGCGGUGGUAGAUAGUUGCUGAACUGUAAAGAAGACAGAGUGGAGACCCUGAGAAUGUACGAUGCCGAUGGAGGAUGUGUAACACUCAGAGGAGAAUGUAACGUAAUGAUUUGUUUUGGGGUUAUUAACUGUAGAAGAAUGACCUCUGAACUUUGAACUACCACCUGUGUCCCUUGCACACCUUUCCUAACGCACACACCAGAUUAUCUCAGUCUGACUCACUGGUGUAAAGAGCUUUACCACAAAGACACUAAAGCAAUACAGAACCUGUACCUGUACCUGUAAACAAGUAACACACAUCACCCUACAAAAACACCUGUGCUGUUCGAUAGACAAACCUGAACCUUCUCAUUUUGUGAAAACCUUUAGUUAGUUUAAUUUUCUAUUAUAUUGUUUUUAGUGUAUGCUCUACUGUUAAUGUCGUCACAUGUUCUGUGUUUUAUUUGUUUAAACAAAAAUGUGUUGCUCAUUACGUGGAUGAUAUGUGAAAUUAAUAAUUGUAUUUGAGAAGAAAAAAAAACUACAUAAAAAAAACGAUGAUGACACCAACUGUUACCCAGGCAACACACUUUGCAGUGCAUGAGGCGAUUGUAGAGUAAAGCAUGGUAGUCUAUGUCAGUCUCCACCCCUGUAGAGUACCCACAGUGGUAUGCUCCACAGAUCCUCACACCCCUAAAGAGUACCCAUAGUGACCUUUCUGUUUUGUCAUAUUGUCUCCAAAUGACACCCUAUUCCCUGUAUAGUGCACUACUUUGACCAGAACCCAAUUCCCUGUAUUGUGCACUACAUUUGACCAGAGCCUUAUUCCCUUUUAAGUGAAGGUAGCGAGCCAUAUGGGGCAAUAGGGUGACAUUUGAGAUGCAUAGAUAGUCUAUAAGAUACACUACAGAUGGCUCUCUUCCUUAUCCUCAACUACAGGCUGGCUACAGCUGUUAGCUAGUGUUCACGCCGUCAGCUCAUACACCCCUACCUGUAUCCCUCUCACCUACAGUAUACUGGACCAUGGGUCACUUUUGUAGAAUGCUGAUUGAAAAUGUCAACUGCAAGAAAAGAAAUAAAGUUUUUCGAACUAAA